UUGGUUUUAUUUCCAAACAAACCGUUAUCUUGUUCAGUUUGUUUUUAUUUGCACGUUUUUAAACAUUUGUUAAAUUAAACAAAAUGUGUUGCCGACAGGAAUGUCCGAUUACUAAAUUGUGUAUGGAAUCUAUCGAUAUUUCGAAUAGUGAUGAGAGUUUUCAAGCAAGUUCACAUGAAUUCUAUUUUCCAAAUAUGUGUCACAUUUGUCGUUGUUACGGUGAAAAAAAUCUUGUUAACCUAAAAAGAUCACUGAAACGAUGUAGUGCUUGUCAAAUGAUAUCGUAUUGUUGUAAAGAGCAUCAAGUAAAGGAUUGGUCAACCCAUAAGGAAUUUUGCAAAGUAAUAUGUCAAUUAAAAAAGGAAUGGAAUGUUAAUAAUGUAUUUCAAUCGGUAAAAAGCAUUGCUUUACGCAACGUGGGAAAUGAUCAAGAUAUGUAUAAGUAUCACAGCAAAUCACUUAAUAAAUUCAGUGCAGAUUUGACACGUGCAGUUAUUGAGAUACUCCAGAGGAAAUUGAAAAAAAUUGAAUAUCAAAUGAUUAUGUUUCCAAGACUUUGUGCUGUUUGUUAUGAAAGUAAUCCUGAACUUCUCGUAAAUUGUAAAAAAUGUCCUCAAGCAACUUUUUGCAAGGAACACUUAAAUGAUUCGAAUCAUGAAAGUGAAUGUUUAAAAAUUAUCAAAUGUUUUAAUACAGUGAAAAGUGUAUUUUAUCGUUUUCAAUCUUUUUCACCAUUGGAUAUAAUGAUGAUACAAUCUCCAUAUCAUCCUGCAGAAAAAAAAUUACCCUCUUCAAUGUUAAAAUUUAUUGAGACACGUUCAUCAACAGAUUUAUCUGAAUGCGGAAAUGGUAAUACAACAAUUGCAAGUGACAUUAAAUCAACAGUGUUGAAUCGCUUUUUAUCGGAUCGCUUUUCCAGAGUGUUUACAAUACUUUUUGCUAUUGAGAAAUUAUCCCUUAAUUUACAAUCAAUGGUGAUACAUGUCGUUGGAGCAAAUCAAGGUGAAUUGUUAGCCAGCGAUUGGGAAUUGAUAUUGCAUUAUUUGCCCAAUUUAAUGAAACUUGAAUUGAUUUUUAUUGGCCCUGAAUUAUUUCCGGCUUUUAAACAAUUAAAUCAAAAUUGCAAUCUUUGUAAAAAAGAAGAUAGAAAACUAUUUAUUGAAGCGAAUAGAAAAGUAUAUCAUGAAUAUACUAGAGGAGACAAUUUUUUAAAACCUGAUAUGAUUGCCUGUUUUCAUCCUGGUUUCCAUGUUCAUGACUCUUGGAAAAAAUCCAUAAAAGUUUUUAGUAAAGGACAGUGCCCUUUAUUAGUAACAGGCGUUAACACGAUUGAGGCAUCUAUGGAUAAAAAUUUUAUAAAUUUUACAUUUCCUUCAGCAAAAUGUGUUUACUAUGAUUACAAUCCCUUUACUUAUAUCAGUUAUCAAAGGCAUGAUAUUUAUGUUCCGAUUGGCGCAAACAAUCAAUUCAUGCAUCUCUAUAAGUUUCUUGAUAAGAAAACAGCAUCCAAUUAAAAUGCACUUUUGUGAAACAGCAUUUUUAAUCUAAGUGAGUUGAAGAUGAGUCUAAUUUUGGGAAAAUUACUAAUACGAAGAGUUAAGAAGAGAUGAAUAUACUUUUUUUAAAAACUAUUUAAAUUGAAAUAUGUCUAUGGUUUCCUCAUUGUUUUUUUUUUCUAUUUUUGUUUGACUUUUUAGUCUAAAGUGUAUGUUACGUUCAUCACAAAAUAAUGUUUCAAAAUAAUUAAGUUAUUUCAAUGUUUAUUUAAACUAUUUUCAAUAACAGAAUGUGAAUGUAUAAUGUAAAAUUCACAAUUUGAAUAUGUAAUUUAAAAAAAACACAUAAAGCAUAAUUAAAGUUGUUUUAUAUUUACAUAUAAUUAAAA